GUUUGAUACAUUUCGCCUACACAGGCGAUUAUUUGCAACGUUCGCAAAGAAUGAAGUCAUUGGCAACGUGAAUGUUGUCGCAAUAGCCCUUUGAAAGCAACACCUAGCAAUACCCAUCCUGCCAAGCCCAGCCAAAAGCCGACGGAAAGCAUUGAGAAAACAACGACUCCCUCAGCGGUUGUCCCUCGAAACAUUUCCCGGAUCUCCAAAUCUCGUUUGGAGAUGUCGUUUUGAACACGGAAAUAGGAACCCGAACAUAUCUCAUCGUCAUGGGGGAGCCAGACAAGAGCAACAGCAAGGCCGUGAGGAAAAAUGCUUCCAAUGCAUGCAAGGGGUGCCGAGAGAGCAAGAUCAAGUGUGACAAUCAACAGCCUUGUAGUGGCUGCUUAAAGAAAGAAAGAGAAUGUGUUUAUGACUCUCGCGAUGAUAAACGCCGCGUCCAGCUUCGCACUGCUGUUCAUAUCCUUGUCCGAAGGGUACAGCAGCUCAGCAAGGUGAUCAUCGAAGCAGAAAGAGAAGUUCCUCAAUUGAGUAGCGAAGAUGGGGAGUUUUUGGACCGUGUGCUGGGCACUCUCGGUCUAUCUGAUGCCCCGCCCUACGAUUCUUCAGCCGCUAGGAAGAGUAGAACACCGAGUCAUCCGGCGCCGGAGCGGACACCAACAUCAGCGUCAUCUCAGUCAUUACCAGAAGGCCCCUCAGCUACAGCAGAAAACUAUGCUGUUGUCCAGCAGAUGACACCAUUGGACAGUAUCACGAACAAUCACUAUGCUCAACCGGCCUUUGGUAAUUUUGGUGGUGUGUUCGCCGGGCUGACCUCUCAGCCAACAGUCCAAUCUCCUGGAAGCAGUAUGGUCUUGAGCGAGGACCAUAUAUCGCCAGACUGGCCUUUUCCAACCUUGGAUAACAUGCUCAACUUCGAUCUCUUCGACCCUAGUGAUCUGUCGUUGCAAUUUCUGACCGAGCCGUCGGCAGGUAUGUCACUUCCCUUAGUGCAUCCACGAGAGGCUUCGCCAGUGCGUCAGAUUGCACAGGUACCAAACGAUCAGGACGAUAAUACAUCAAGUUCAGGAGACGAGGAAAAUGCAGAACUAGUCAACCAACUCUCGGCUCGUCUAGGCUCUCUUCGUUUAGCCCCUGAUGGGAAGUUGAGGUAUUUUGGCACGGCCUCCAACCUACAUCUUAUAGAGAGCCAAAGCAAGUCGAGCAGUGAGAACUUGAUGCUCCGCACUCCAUCGAGAGUAAACAUUCAACGUCUCCUCGAAGUUGCCGACCUGAGUCAAACUGUGGACUUGCAACUCGAGGAGCACCUUUUGAGGCUGUUCUUCACUUGGCAUAAUCCUAGCAGUUACAUUGUGGAUGAAGAAGUCUUCUACAUGGCUAGGCAGAGUUGGUUCAACACUGGUCUCCAAAACAGCUACUAUAACGACGUGUUAAAAGAUGCCAUGUGCGCCAUAGGCGCCUCUUUCGGCAGUCAUUCUCAUCUGACCCUUAUAACCUAUCCCAGAUCGAUGCCUCAGUUCUUUUCAGACCGAGCCAAGAUAUUGCUCGAUUCACACCUCGAUAGUCCCUGUGUGGCGACAGCACAGGCACUUGUCAUUCUCGCAAGCUACGAAGAGACUUGUCAAAAUGUUGCCCGUGGAUGGUUGUUCGGAGGCAUGGCGAUGAGGGUAGCCUUCGAUCUCGGCCUGCACAUCGACAGUACUGGAUAUGUGGCACAAGGUGUCUUGACCGUUGCCGAAGCUCGAGCGAGACAAGUGGCCUUCUGGGGCUGUUACAUCUCAAAUCUGCUUUGGAGCUUCCAUCUAGGCCGCCCAUUCUCUCUGGAUGAUAGUGAAGUCACUGUCGCCAAACCAGACCCCAAGACGCUUCCUUCGAACCCUACCUGGCAGCCGUAUUCUAUUCCGUCAUUGCAAUUUGUAUCUGGUGGUAUGCAACAGAACGCUUCCCAGCUACCGGAUAUCACCCCGGAGAUCUUUCACCAUUGGAUUUUCCUUUGUCAGAACAUCGCCGCUGUAGGCCAUGCUCUAUACUCUUACACAUCUAUAUCCAAGCCAGCUCUUCAGGAGCUCUGCGAGGAAACGACGACUGAAUUGUUCCACUGGAAAGACACUCUGCCUUUACAUCUUCAAAUAAAUCCUUCCGACACAGAGACGAUAAAACUCCCUCAUCUUCUGAUGCUGCACAUGGAAUACCAUCACCUCCAAAUUUUCUUGCAUCGACCCUGGACAAGCUCGCAGCUACAACCACAACCUUCGCAAGGUCCAGGCGUCCACCACGCUCGCCAUAUCUGCGCCACUUCGGCAAUCGAAAUUGCUCGUCUCCUCCGUAUCUACGAGAUUCAAUACUCGUUCCGAUUUAUCAAUGUCGAAAUCAUCCGUAUACUUUCUUCAGCAGCUCUAAUCUUGAUCUUCGCAACUGUGCCAUUACCACACAGAGAGGUUGAUGUUGAAAAAACUGGAUACUUGAACACGUGUUUCAGGGCUUUGGAAGAUUUGGGUGGAAGAUAUGAGAGCGCUAAAGAGACGAGGUGUACGUUGCUGGCUAUUCAAAGAAGGUGGAAUGAUCUGUAUGGUAAGCGUGCGGGACAAAAGCGAGGGAUGAGCACAAGGGGCAUCAGUCAAGGCAAGAGAGUAAGACCUGGUACGGACUAGUCGCUACUUCUGAAAGAAACAGCUUAAGUGUUCAAACUCACUCCGUUUGCUACUUCCAGUUUACGUUCGAAUGAUAUCAAACCACAUCUGAUAAGUAGCAAGAGCGUUCUAGCAAAACCAAGCUUUUCAUUAUUUCGGCGCAU